AUGGAGGGCGCGUUUACCCAUGUUGGGAAUCAUUUGAUAUCCGAUUCCGCUGCCGCCAUCAAGGCUGGAGCCGACGACCUGUCCGCGAUCGACCCCGACGAGAGCUUGCUCUAUGGCAAAUAUGGAGAUCGGAGUGGCCGUCGCCGAGCCGAUGAUGACGACAACCAAACCGAGGCUUUCGAAGAAGACGACAACGAUAGUCUGAAUAGUGUUCCGAUCGAUGGCUUGACUGGACUCAAGCUCAAGGGCCCUGAGGAGGAGAAGGAGCUUCCGGCCCAUGCCUGCGCAUACUGCGGAAUUCAUUCCCCAGGAUGCGUCGUUAAGUGCCUCACCUGCAAUAAGUGGUUCUGCAGCGCAAGAGGCAAUGGUACUUCCACCCAUAUUGUGAACCAUCUUGUUCGAGCUCGCCACAAGGAGGUUCAGCUACACCCCGAGUCGACGUUGGGCGAUACGGUGCUGGAGUGCUACAACUGCGGGACAAAGAACGCGUUCCUCCUGGGUUUCAUUCCAGCCAAGUCUGAUACGGUCGUCGUUUUGCUCUGCCGACAGCCGUGUGCUGCCAACACAUCGAACAAAGACAUGAACUGGGAUACCUCGCGAUGGCAACCCCUCAUCGAAGAACGCGCUUUCCUGCCCUGGCUGGUGGCGACCCCUUCUGAUUCCGAGCAGCUCCGAGCUCGCCAUCUGACACCGAAUAUGAUUGCCAAGCUGGAGGAGAUGUGGAAGAUUGAGCCCAAGGCGACGGUGGUUGACCUUGAAAAGGCGUCUAGCAUCGAUGACGAUCCUAACCCCGUCUUGCUGCAAUACGACGAUCCCUAUCACUACCAGAAUAUCUUCGGCCCCCUGGUCAAGAUGGAGUCCGACUACGACAAGAAGCUCAAGGAGGCGCAGUCUGAGGACGGCCUCAUCGUCCGCUGGGACUAUGGUCUGAACAACAAGCACCUUGUCAGCUUCAACCUGCACAAGAUUGAGUCUGGCGAUGUCAAGCUUGCUGUUGGCGAUGAGAUGCGACUUCGCUACAAGGGCGAGCUCCGAUCCCCCUGGGAAGGUGUUGGCUACGUGAUUAAGAUCCCCAACAACCAGUCGGACGAGGUGACGCUCGAGUUGCGCAAGACCGGAAACGAGAAGUCGGUUCCUACUGAUCUAUCUCACAACUUCUCGGCCGAUUACGUCUGGAAGGCCACUUCCUACGACCGCAUGCAGCUAGCUAUGAAGACGUUCGCCGUCGACGACAUGAGCGUUUCUGGCUACAUCUUCCACACCUUGCUGGGCCACGAAGUUCAGUUGCAGCCUCUCAAGACAAGCCUGCCUAAGAAGUGGUCUGCCCCUGGCCUCCCUGAUCUCAACCCUAGCCAGGUCAAUGCCAUCAAGACUGUUCUCCAGAAGCCACUGAGUCUGAUUCAGGGCCCCCCCGGAACUGGCAAGACGGUCACUUCUGCCACCAUCAUCUACCACCUCGCCAAGAUGAGCGGCAACCAGGUUCUGGUUUGUGCGCCAUCUAACGUUGCUGUUGACCAGCUGUGCGAGCGAGUUCACCGUACCGGACUCAAGGUUGUUCGUCUUACUGCCAAGUCUCGCGAGGAUGUUGAGUCGUCUGUCAGCUUCCUCGCCCUGCACGAGCAAGUGCGCAUGUCGGAGCACAAUAGUGAGCUCGUCAAGCUCUCGCAGCUGAAGAACGAGUUGGGCGAACUGUCGAGCCAGGAUGAGAAGAAGUACAAGCAGCUCACCAAGGUCGCAGAGCGUGACAUCCUUAACAACGCUGAUGUUGUCUGCUGCACCUGCGUGGGUGCUGGUGACCCUCGUCUUUCUAAGAUGAAGUUCCGCAAUGUCCUGAUCGACGAGUCAACCCAGUCGGCCGAGCCCGAAUGCAUGAUCCCCCUUGUUCUCGGUUGCAAGCAAGUUGUCCUGGUCGGUGACCACAAGCAACUUGGCCCAGUCAUCAUGAACAAGAAGGCAGCCAAGGCUGGACUUAACCAGUCUCUCUUUGAGCGAUUGGUUAACCUGAAGCUCUCGCCCAUCCGACUCAACAUUCAGUACCGAAUGCACCCUUGCCUGUCCGAGUUCCCGUCCAACAUGUUCUACGAGGGUACUCUGCAAAACGGUGUUACCCACGAGAACCGGCUGCGAAAGGAUGUGGACUUCCCUUGGCCCGUUGCAGAAAUGCCUAUGAUGUUCUGGUCCAACCUGGGCCAUGAGGAAAUCUCAGCUUCUGGAACAUCGUACCUCAACCGCACGGAAGCAUCCAAUGUUGAGAAGGCAGUCACCAGAUUCUUCAAGGCCGGCGUAAAGCCAGCUGAUAUCGGUGUUAUUACUCCGUACGAGGGCCAACGAAGCUACAUUGUGACUACCAUGCAGAACUCAGGUACUUACAAGAAGGAAUAUUACAAAGAGGUUGAGGUGGCUUCAGUCGACGCUUUCCAGGGUCGUGAGAAGGACUUUAUCGUUCUCUCUUGUGUUCGAUCCAACGACAACCAGGGCAUUGGUUUCUUGUCUGACCCCCGUCGUCUGAACGUGGCCUUGACCCGAGCCAAGUAUGGCCUCGUUAUCCUCGGAAACCCCAAGGUCCUGUCCAAGCACGAGCUCUGGCACAACCUCCUGGUUCACUUUAAGGAUCGCAAGUGUUUCGUUGAAGGCCCCCUGACCAACCUCCAGGCCUGCUUGCUGCAGUUCAGCCGCCCCAAGGUGAGCUACCGCCAGAAGAACCAGCAGCCGCAGUUUGGAGCUGGCAGCUAUCCUAACGGACGGUUCAACCCACCACCCGCCGCGGGCCGAGAUUUCGACCUGGGCUCUAUGGUGUCGUACAUCCCUGACGAUGUCUCGUCUGUUCACGGUUCUGCGUUUGGCGGCGCUUCACUCAACAGCGCGUUCCCUCCCAUGUUCUCGAGCUUUACUCCCGAUCAAUGGCCCGGCCUGCCCGGUGUCGCAGCUCCUGGCCGUGGUGGAAAGGCCCGCAGCCGUGCUACGGAAAGCAUUGCAGGCGAGAGCGUGGCCAACUCGGAAUUCACGGAUGCAACUUCGAGCGUGAUCGGCGGCAAGGGUGUUGGCCAAGGCGGUGUUAGCCUCGGAGCAGGGCUCCACGAUGUCGUGACGGGAAUGCGGCCUGUUUCAUACAGCCAGAGCGAUCGACUGAAGCAGUACGUCGAGAGCAGUGGACGUAUGGUCCCAGGUAACGGUUAUGGACGACGCUUCGACGACGACGAGAAGAGCAUCAGCACGGCAUUCCACAGCCAGAUUGGCGGUGGCUACGACUGA